GGGAAGGCUGCUCUCCACUUGCUCCACUUCAUCAGUCUGCUAGCUUCCAAAUGGAUACCAACUAUACAACACCAGCCCACUCAGUCUUGCCCUUAACUGACCCUGACAACAUAUGGAGCAAUGGCACCAGUAACGGUAGCCACUGUCCAGAUUCCGAGGCCUGGGAUUGGUUGUACACCAUGCAGCCGGUGUACAUGGCCGUCCUUUCCGUGCUAGGCAUUAUGGGAAACGUAUUUGUCCUGGUUGUCUUCUGCUUUCAUAAGAAGCCGUGCACCGUGGCCGAGAUCUACCUCAGCAACCUGGCGGCGGCCGACUUGCUCCUGCUCUCCUGUCUCCCCUUCUGGGCGGCCAAUGUGGCCAACAACUUCAACUGGCAGUUCGGCGGCCUCAUGUGCCGCCUGGUCAACGCCGGCAUCAAGAUGAACAUGUAUGGGAGUAUCCACUUCCUGGUCCUGGUCAGCGGCGACCGCUACGUGGCCCUGGUCCACGCCAUGUCGCACGGGCGCAUGCGACGGCCGCGCUACGCCAAACUCAGCUGCCUGGCCGUGUGGAGCCUGGGGCUACUCCUCAGCAUGCCCACUCUCAACUUCCGCCAGGUGCGCUACCUGGCCCAGUACAACGUAACCGCCUGCAUCAUCGAGUACCCCAGCCUGGAGGUCGAGUUUGCCUGUGACGCCAUACUCCUCCUGCUGGGCUUCGUGGCGCCCCUGGCGGCCAUCUCGUACUGCACGUACCGCAUCGUCCGAGCACUGCAUGGCCAGCGUGUGGAGCGCUUCAACGCGGAGAACACCGAGCGCAAGGCCACCUUCCUGGUGCUCGCCGUACUGCUGGCCUUCCUGCUCUGCUGGAUCCCUUUCCACCUGCUGACCAUCGUGGACAUCCUGUAUCGCCUCGGCAUGGUGGGCGGCUGUGCCCUUGACCAGGCGCUGGACAUCUGCAGCCAGCUGUUCACUUACCUGGCCUUCAGCAACAGCCUGCUCAACCCCAUCCUCUAUGUGAUCGUGGGGAAGAACUUCAGGAAGAAGGUCUACGAGCUGGGUAAGCAGAUCAGCCUGAUUAGGAAGAAGGCCGGCUCCACCAAGUCACAGCUGUCAACGCUGAAAACGUUUGCGUCAAAUUGAUGAGCAGCAUGCUGAAUGAUCAAGUGACCUUCAAAGAUACAUCCAAGCAAAGUGUUGGAUGUAGAUUACAGUCCUUUGCGCUGACAGGAAUCUGCCCGAUUGCUGCAAAUGAUUUGCCAUUUUUCAGUAUUAAUAUGAUAUGAUCAAAAGUCUUACAUAACAAACACUGAACAGUAUUGAAUUGUUUUCAAGAUGUUGCAAAACAUAUUGCACUGUAUGUAGUUCCGUAAAAUUGUACAAUUUACAUUUAAAAGUCUUUAAGCUGGCUUUAAGAGUUAAUUGCACAUAUUUGGUAACUGCCCUUAUGGUUGGCACUUGUCUUUUAUGACCAUUUUUAUGACAUAAAUUCUGUUUUAGUCAUCAUAUCCCUGCUCUGGAUAGCCUUUUUUCUUUUAAGCUCGCAAUGCCAGUAUGUCACCCCGGCAUCCCUGUCUCUUUCUGGUCCAACAGUUAUUGACCAUUUCGUGAGUUGAUGAUGAUGAUGAUGAUGAAGGUGACGACAAUGAUGAUAUUCAAGGGUGUCUCAAUCAGCUCUGCCUUUUCUAAACUCCAAUGUUACCUCAGUUAACUAGAUGUGUGGCCUAUUGAUAUAUUGAUGCACAGUUUCAUGUGUUUUUGUUGUCAACAAUAUUAGGAUCUUGCAUUCAUUCAAAAUUAUAUGUGUUGUUGUUGUUUAUCACUUUGCUAAAUGGACUGUGGAAUUGUUACUUACAGUACUAGCGGAAAUAUUAUAUAUCAGUGUUACUGGUGAUUUAAUAACAAUAAUACUGUCUCUGUAUAUUUUCUAUCAAGAUUUUCUAAACAAGAGAGUAUACAUUGAUAACAAAAUGUUGUUUAUGUAUGUAUUGUACUGUAUCUGUUCAUGUCAGUUGAUUAUCAUUGCCAUUUUUUGACAUUUUGAGUUUUAAAUAAACAGUUUUUGACAGCAUGGUAGUGAAAUGAAGGAAACCAUGAUCAGAUCCCAUCUGAGAAAAUGAAAACUCUAUACUUAGUGGUGAACAAGCCUAAAUGUAUCUAAAGACAAUAUGAGUCAUGAUGUGGUGUUUUUUUUUCCGGGAACAAUUUCCGGGUGUUUUUGCGGCACAGUCUGCUGGUACCUUGUAAAGAGUAUGUCGCAGAGUUUCCACUAGUGACACAGACAGAUUUUUCUUGGGUCUGGAACAGCAAACUUUGAAAAUUGUCCUCCUUAUUUUUGUUUGUCGGUCAGACAGGCGUCCAGACAUGUGGUCGGCCCGCAGAUUCAUGCUUCUUGCCAGACAGGAAAAGACUUCUGACUGUGUCAGAUUUUUUUAACCAAUGUGUGGGCAUAUAAAAAACAUACUUAAUCAUCUGCCAUUGCUUUCUUAUGUAUUUUUAUCUCUAAUAAAGCCCC